CGCACCGCGUCGGUUUCAUAUUGAAGGUCGUCGCGUUGAUGCGUGCGUUGAUAUUUUGCUCUUCCAGGACCUGUGCCGAUCCAUUCAAGCCAACAAGUUUGGAGAGAAUGUUUGAGUUUAAUCAAUUCAGAGCGACGAGAUGGAGCCCAACUCACUCCUGUGGGUAGGCUCACCUUGUGGUUUACACGGACCUUACAUUUUCUACAAGGCGUUUAGAUUUCACCUUGAAGGCAAAGCGAGGAUUCUGUCCCUGGGUGAUUUUUUCUUGGUCAGAUGUAAAGCAGGGGAACCCGUCUGCAUAGCAGAGCUACAGCUCUUAUGGGAGGAAAGGACAACCAAGCAACUUCUAUCCAGCUCCAAACUUUAUUUUCUCCCAGAAGAUACCCCCCAGGGCAGAAUUGUCACUCACGGAGAGGAUGAAGUGAUCGCUGUCUCUGAGAAAGUCAUAGUGAAGUUGGACGAUCUGGUGAAAUGGAUGGUGGCGGACGUGUCGAGUUGGGACAAGGGUCUGCGGGCUGUACCCCUGAAACCCACCGUGCUGAAGGAGCUCGGCAAGAACGGCCAGAGAGAAGCGCUCCACAAAUACAGAGAGUCCACGCUCAACAGCGGCCUCAACUUCAAGGACAUCCUCAAAGAGAAGGCUGAGCUCGGUGAGGAUGUGGAGGAAAAGAAAGUUCUGGUACUGAGUUACCCUCAAUACUGUCGGUACCGCUCCAUCAUCGCGCGGCUUCGUGAGCGGCCCACCUCCUUCCUGACGGACCAUGUGGUGCUGGCCCUGGGGGGAAUUGCCUCCCUCACCAACAACACCCAGAUCCUCUACUGCAGGGACACUUUUGAGCACCCCACACUGCUGGACAACGAGAGCGUGUGUGAUGAAUUCGCACCCAACCUGAAGGGCCGGCCCCGGAAGAAGAAGCUCUCCAUCUCCCAGCGGCGGGACUCACAGGGGCAGGGGGGUACUGCCAGAGAGACCAACGGUGUGGAGGGCAAGUCUCUAGUCAAGAUUAAGGGCGACUCGAAAUCAGGAGUGUCCAAGCACCGGAACCCCGGCAGCGGAAGCGGUUGUAAAAAAGAUAACCUGAAGGUGGAGACGGGAGAGGAAUGCCGCACAGACGAGCAGGCCUUCCUGGUGGCGCUGUAUAAGUACAUGAAAGAGAGGAAAACCCCCAUCGAGAGGAUACCGUACUUGGGCUUCAAACAGAUAAACCUUUGGACUAUGUUUCAAGCGGCUCAGAAGCUGGGAGGAUACGAGGUGAUCACAGCGCGCCGACAGUGGAAAAAUGUAUAUGAUGAACUGGGCGGCAACCCGGGAAGCACCAGCGCCGCCACGUGCACACGAAGACACUACGAGAGGCUCAUCCUACCCUAUGAGAGAUUUACUAAAGGAGAGGAAGACAAACCCCUUCCAGCCGUCAAACCCCGCAAACAAGAGGGGAGUGCUCAGGAGGGCAUUGUAAAAACAAAGAUGCCGGCCAUGAAGCGGCCAAAGGAUGAACAAAAACCUCUGAGUGAUAAAGACGCCUCAGCUCCAGUGCCAGAGCCGGGGAUGGAGGACACAGAACAGCUCCAGGAGAUGCUGUUGGAGAAGCAGGAUAGCCAGCAGUACCAGGCUCUAACCCAGAUGGACAGAGAAGCAAAGAGUCCUAUUUCUGAAGAUGAAAGUGUACAACUAGUCACCAAGGAUGAAGAUCAACCUGUGCUCCAUAAUACAUAUGAGCAUGCAAAUGGGAAUGUGUUACCCUCACUUCCACAAGAUUGUGCACCACUCAAAUCAGAGGAUUGUGACGUGUUUCCUGUUGCCACGAUGCCGCUGCACCAAGGUCAUCCUCUCCCCAACUCUCACACACCGGAGCAAUGGCAGCAUGGGAUGCUGGAAUACAAGGUGCCUUCGGGUGCCCUUGCAAAUGUUGAACAGUCUAAGCCAAAAGAGGGCCAAAACCAGGUGGGAAUGGUGCUGCCCACUCUAAAGCAGAAACCCGUCAUAUCUCCAGAAAUCCCAAUCGAUAGAGCUGACCCCCCUAAAAAAGAAGACACCUGCUUCAGUUUUAAUCCCCUCCUCUACCCUAGGGGUAAUCCUGGCAUCAUGUCCCCAUUAGCUAAGAAGAAGAUGCUGUCCCAAGUCAGUGGAACAGGACUGCAUAAUAAUUACCCAUACGGACCACCACCUCCAUUAGUCAGUAGGAGGUUGUCCGGCAGUGGUACAGAAGGGUCAUCUUCUGGACAGCAGAGCUCCCAGACUCCUUCCGCUGCAGAGACCAAUAUGGUGAUCAAACGGCCAUCAGUUAUCCAGCAUGCUCAAGGUUUCAAGUCCAGAGGUAGCGAGGACAGGAGGUCCUCAACAGAGUGCUCUCUGAAAGAGGGGUGUAAUGAGGGAGAACCAAUACCCCAGCCACAGCCUACCUUGAUAAGAGAGCCAUACCUUAUAAGGGCUGAGCCCCAUUCCAGCAUGGAGAAAUCUGCUGAGAUGCCUCGUCCUGGCCAGGCUCCCAGCUUCCUGAGUGACUUUUAUUCAUCACCUCACCUUCACAAUCUAAGCCGACAAACCGAGCACCACCUGAGCAAGGAGCAGAUAAGCAAGUACCUUAGCAGAGACAUGUACCCUCGGGACUGUGAGACCGCCCAGGGCUUUCCCCCAAGCCAGCAUCCCGACAAUGUGGGUUUGAAUUACAGUGCCCGGCUAAGUCAGAAAGAAAAGGGACCUCCUGCAGAAAGGGUAACAGAGGAGCAACCAACUGAUUUGAGUCUCCCAAAACCCUCUCCACACAAACUGCCUCUUUCCACAUCCUCUCUCUGUGGCAUCCCACAUCCCACAAUACAGCAGGACAUUAAAAACUCCUCUCUCUUUCAAGCAGGCAACAGUCAGAGUUCAAGCAUAGACUACAAUCCUAGGGCCUGUCGUGUUCCUCCUAUGAGCGUAUCCACAUCUAAAAAGGUAACCGAAUCUCACUCAAAGGUCAUGGAGAAAGCACACAACAGCAGGGGAGAAGAGACUUUGGGUUACAAGAUCGAUGAGAUGGCUCGGCCCAUUCUGAGCUCCAAAAGCAGCCCGCAGAACAUCUGCACUGCACGGCCACUGAAAAGGACCCUUGAGGAUUUGGAAAACGCACCGUCGGAGAAGAAGAUCCGGGCUGUGACACCCUUGCACUGCUCAAAACAAAGAGAUGGUCCAGGGAAACCAAGGACACCGGAGGCUGACAGUGAGUCCAUGAAGCCGGCAGAACCAACUCACACUGCACAAAUCAGCAGUUACUCAUUGGAAGGCCACAAGAUCCCCUGGCACUCCCACCUGUUCCAAGGGCUGUAUCCAGGGACAUUUGUAUCUCAGGUCCAGGACAUGUGUGAUAGCUUGGGCUCCCAUGUUACCCCAAGUUACUCCCAUCCACUGCAGUACUUGAAGAACCAGGCUGUUCUGUCACCCCUCAUGCCACCCUUCGCGAUUCAUUCCUUAAUGAUGCAAAGACAGUUCUUGGCUGCCAAUCCUGCUCACAUUUACAGGCACCAAGUGGGCACCUCAUACGGGGACAUUCUGCACCCUGGCCUCUACCCCAUGUCAGCCCUUCACCCCCAGCCAGCUUUCAGUCCCCCUCAACUCUCUUCAGUGCAUCCCAGCACUAAACUUUCCUAGGUGACAUAGUCUGAUAUUCCCUGGCCGGACCCACACAGCCCAUGCUUAACUCAGACUUGAUGCUCCCCAGAAAAUCCCAUCAAGCAUGGGCACACAAUGUAUCCAGCGAAUAGCAGUGUUUUAUAAACGCUUUAACACGGGAGCAGUUAUUUCUGUUAUUUACCUUCUUGCCACUCACGUUUAUGAUUUGCACAUUUCUUUGAACAGGGGCCAACUGGGCUGAUCGUGGCUUGUUCUCACCGCACUGUUUGAAAGCGUCAGUUGGCUUGUUCGAAAACAUGUUGCCUUGGCACAGGUGCCCAAGUGGAGAUGGGCAUGAUGUUCACGGAGGCACCCAAAGGAAAGUCGAGUGACAAAUCAGUGCAAUGGGACAGUGCUAUUUCAGUCCAUUCUGAGAGCUCUUUUAUCUGAAACACUAUGAUACAAUAACGCAAGAGCUGCCUGGGUAAAUGUUGGACCUUUUCCAGUUUUUGCUCUUGACUGUAUGUUUUUGUUGCUGUUGUUAUUAUUUUUUUUUAUGUAACAGUGUGGUAGUUUUAUAUGUUUAUUUUUCAAUGCUACAAGGGUUAAGCAAUGAGAUAUCACAUUUGAUACAGACGCAAAAAAGAGACCCAAGUAUUGCAGUUUGGAGUAGGGCUGUGCAAAAAAUCAAAUGCGAUUUUCAUGCAAAUCUCAUCAGUAAAGACGCUCCUUUAAUUAGAAGUAUAUCUCCAGCACGUGUGUUCAGAUCAGGGUUGCCAUUUUUUCACAACAAAUCCUGCCCUGUUGCUUCUCAAAACUAGUCCAAAACUAAUCGCGAUUCCAGGAGGUUCCCAGAUACAAAAAUUGCUUCCCGGGGUUAAAAUAUAAGUUUCUUUUUUGGCAUGGUUGUCUUGGUAAAAUUCGCAUUUUAGGGGAUAAAUAUCACGUUAUUGGUAUUGGGGUUGCUUCAAACCACGGACAUGAAAAACAACUGCAGACUUGGCAACACUGGUUCAGGUGGAGUGGCAGUUACUACACAGAGCCGUAGUCUACCGACAACUAACACAAAAUCGACAAAGAAUCGCCACCGAUUUUAAAAUCGAUUUUGUGUAGAUUGUCAGUGAAUUAAGGCUCGGUGUAGUAAAUGUCAACCAGUGUUGCCAAAUCUGUGGUUGUUUUUCAUGUCCGGGGGUCGAAGCGACAAUACGAAUAACGUGAUAUUUAGCACCUAAAAUGCAAAUUUUACCAAGGCAACCAUGCCAUAAAACUUACAUUUUUACCCCGGAAAGCAAUUUUUCAUCGGGGAACCUCCUGGAAAUGCGAUUGGGCUAGUUUUGGACUAGUUUUUAGAAGCAACUGAGCAGGAUUUGUUGUGAAAACCUGGCAACCAUGAUCUGAACGCACGUGCUGGAGAUAUACUUCUAAUUACAGGAGCGUCUUUACUGAUGAGAUGUGCAUUAAAAUCGCAUUCGAUUUUUUUGCACAGCCCUAGUUUGGAGUGUUACACAGUUACAUGUAAAUAAAACAAACUAAGCUUUCCUUGAAGGAAUCUUAAAUGUCAGUGAUACAAUGUGCUUCACAGGCUUCUUUGACCACUGUCUGCUGGCUCCCUAUCAGCUCGUCUCAUGCCCAGCCAAACUCGCUCCUAAUCAACAGAGCAAUGUGGAAUGGGUUUUUUCAAAUGUAGGACCGAGGUGCUUGUACAUAACCUUCACAAACUGAAUGCAUUUUGUAUCAUGUCCACUCACUACUGUAAUUUCUGAUUGCUCUGAACUGCGGCGCUACAGAGCGAUUUUGGACGGUGAGAGGAUAAAAUACAGGACUACUUAAGUGUCAGAAAGUGAGUUUUGUAUUUGCUGGUGUACACUUGUGCUUGCUUACUCAGAGGACUUUUUUAUCAGGAGAUAAAACUGAAAUUUAAAUCUACAUUUGGGGGAAACAUGUUUUAGGAGCACUUAGAUAAGCCCACACAGGCUUUUCCAAAAGUUUCUGUUUAAGGAUAGCUAACCGUAAAACUUUUAGAUACUGUUUGAACUUUAGAUCUGUAAGUGUUGGCAGCAGGCAAAUUUGCGUCUAUAUUAAAUGAAGUGUGACACUUGCCAGAAAAUAAUUUUUAAUUAAAAAAGCAUGAUUUCUUUGCACAAAAGAUUUUGGGAAAGUACCAAGAAAAUUUGAAAAGCAACACACAGUUCUCCUAGGGGUAAUCAAUUAUAUAAAUUUUUCUUUCUUUUUUUUUUUUUUUUUUUUUUUGAUGUAUUAGUAGUAGAAACUAAACUUCAAGAAAUGUAUUUACUCCAACAACGUUUGGAGUAACACUCAAGGUUGCUAUGUAACAUUUUGUAAUGAGUAAUAAACAGUUUUAUAACUUAAUACAA